GCUGCCUGCGGGAGCCGCCGCAGCCGCCGCCGCGGAGGAGGAGGAGGUGGUGGAGGAGGUGGCUGCCGCGGCCGCCGAGGAGUCCCUUGCUGAAGGCGGACCGCGGGGCGGCGGGCGGCGCGCGCGCGCCCGAGAGGCGGCUGUUGGAGAAGUGGAGCGGCGGUCGCGGGGGGAGGAGGAGGAGGGACUGAGCGGCGGCGGCCCCCGCGUCCCGGUGCCUCUAUGGGGAAAGCAGACAAUGGAUUAUGAUUUCAAGGCGAAGCUGGCGGCGGAGCGGGAGCGGGUGGAGGAUUUGUUUGAGUACGAAGGGUGCAAAGUGGGACGCGGCACCUACGGGCACGUCUACAAGGCGAGGCGGAAAGAUGGAAAAGAUGAAAAGGAAUAUGCACUGAAGCAAAUUGAAGGCACAGGAAUAUCCAUGUCGGCUUGCAGAGAGAUUGCACUUUUGCGAGAAUUGAAGCACCCUAACGUGAUCGCCUUGCAGAAGGUGUUCCUUUCUCACAGUGACAGGAAGGUGUGGCUGCUCUUUGAUUAUGCGGAACAUGAUUUGUGGCAUAUUAUUAAGUUUCACCGUGCAUCAAAAGCAAAUAAAAAGCCCAUGCAGUUGCCAAGAUCUAUGGUUAAAUCAUUACUUUACCAGAUUCUUGAUGGUAUCCAUUACCUCCAUGCAAAUUGGGUGCUUCACAGAGAUCUGAAACCAGCAAAUAUCCUAGUAAUGGGAGAAGGUCCUGAAAGGGGGAGAGUCAAAAUAGCUGACAUGGGUUUUGCCAGAUUAUUCAAUUCUCCUCUAAAGCCACUGGCAGAUUUGGAUCCAGUAGUUGUGACUUUUUGGUAUCGGGCUCCUGAACUUCUGCUUGGUGCAAGGCAUUAUACAAAGGCCAUUGAUAUAUGGGCAAUAGGUUGCAUAUUUGCUGAAUUGUUGACUUCAGAACCUAUUUUUCACUGUCGUCAGGAAGAUAUAAAAACAAGCAAUCCCUUUCAUCAUGAUCAACUAGAUCGGAUAUUUAGUGUCAUGGGGUUUCCUGCAGAUAAAGAUUGGGAAGAUAUUAGAAAGAUGCCAGAAUACCCCACACUUCAGAAAGACUUUAGAAGAACAACGUACGCCAACAGCAGCCUCAUAAAGUACAUGGAGAAACACAAGGUCAAGCCUGACAGCAAAGUGUUCCUCUUGCUUCAGAAACUCCUUACUAUGGAUCCCACCAAGAGAAUUACCUCGGAGCAGGCUCUGCAGGAUCCCUAUUUUCAGGAGGACCCCUUGCCAACAUUAGAUGUGUUUGCUGGCUGCCAGAUUCCAUACCCCAAACGAGAAUUCCUUAAUGAAGAUGAACCUGAAGAGAAAGGUGACAAGAAUCAGCAGCAGCAGCAGAACCAACAUCAGCAGCCCACAGCGCCCCCCCAGCAGGCGGCAGCCCCCCCACAGAACCCCCCACCGCAGCAGAACAGCACGCAGACCAAUGGGACUGCGGGCGGGGCUGGGACGGGCACCGGGGGCGCAGGGCCCGGCCUGCAGCACAGUCAGGACUCCGGCCUCAGUCAGGUGCCUGCGAACAAGAAGCCCCGCCUGGGGCCCUCGGGCGCAAACUCAGGCGGACCUGUUCUGCCCUCAGAUUAUCAGCACUCCAGUUCUCGCCUGAAUUACCAAAGCAGCGUUCAGGGAUCCUCUCAGUCCCAGAGCACCCUCGGCUACUCGUCCUCGUCCCAGCAGAGCGCGCAGUACCACCCGUCUCACCCGGGCCACCGCUACUGACCGCGGCCUAGGGCGCAGACUCCAGCAAUAUGAUGUCAGCGUUGAAAAGAACCAAAAAAUGCAAACGAUGAUGCCGUCUCAAACUCCUCCACUUAGGAAGACUCCAUCCUGACUUUUGCAGAACUAACUGAUGUGUCUUCUUUAUGGACUUCAAGAAGAUCUUUGUGAAGCUUCCCCAGCACCCUGUCCCCGCAUGUGUUCCAUUGCGACUCUCAUCCAGCGUCUGAUCUAAUCCUAGCACUUCACUUCUGUAACCUUCAGCAUUUUUUGGAAGGAUUUCCUGGUGCACCUUUCUCAUGCUGUAGCAAUCACUAUGAUUUAUCUUUUCAAAGCUCUUUUAAUAGGAUUUUAAUGUUUUAGAAACAGGACUCCAGCGGUGUAUAGUUUUAUACGUCAUGAACUGAUCUAGCGACACAGGUAAAAAUGCACCUUUUAAAGCACUACGUUGUUUUCACAGAAUAUGACUGUUUUGCUCAUGGAAGUCUUAAACAGGAACUGUUACUGUCCCAAAGUACUUUACUAUUACGUUUUUAUUUAUCGAGUUUCAGGGAAGGUCUUAAAAAAAAAAAAA